AUGUUUCCACCGACUCCGGGGACAGGUAGCUCCCGGGCGGGUCCCUCCGACAGCCCUGCCGGCGGCGGCCGCCUGGGAGAUGCAAAUGCCUACAUGCCACUCUACGGCAGCGGUAUAGGUGCCAACCCCUGGGGCGCCGCCGGCGAGACACCUCUGUUCCCCGACGACGGCUCAUCACCCUCGACGAUCUGGCGCCUCGAUGAGUUCGCGCAGGACCCGGGGUAUCUGGCCUACCAAGAAGAGCUGCGUGAUCUCAUCUUCACGACGGCUACGCAUGCCGCGCCAACACGGGAGGGUACGCCCGUCGCAACAUCGCCGAACGGUGCCAGCAGCAGCAGCGCUGUCGACGCCAUCACCUCCUCCAUCCCAACAGCGGCCCACGUCAGCGCCAGCAACAUCACAACCACCACCCCGCCGACGCAGGAAGAACUCCACCGCCGCACCAACGCCAUCCUCUCCCAGGGCCGGCGCCUCGAGUACCUAAAGUCCUACCUGGGCCAGGUCGCCCCCUGGCUCGACAUGUUCGACUCGUCGGGCCGGGCCUUCGGCAUCGAGGUGCCCGCCCGGGCGCGCGAGUCCCCCGCCCUGCUGUUCGCCAUCCUGGCCCUCUCGGCGCGGCAGAAGGAGCGCAAGGAGGCCGGGGGCCAGCGGCAGCGCGCCACGUCCUUCGACAGCCUCGAGCUGUACCAGGAGACCAUCCGGCUGCUGACGCCGCUGCUGCAGGCGCGCGACCCGCGCAGCGUGCCCAUCUGCACGAUCCUGUGCGCCAUGGAGAUGAUGUCCGCCAGCGCGCGCGACUGGCGCAAGCACCUAGAAGGGUGCGCGGCGCUAUUCGACGCGUUCGGCGUGCACGGCUUCAGCGGCGGGCUGUUCCAGGCGGUGUUUUGGUGCUAUGCUAGGAUGGAUCUCUGCGGCGCCCUCAUCUCAGACGGCACCCAGGGCACCCUCGUCCCUCCAGCGAAAUGGCUCGCGCCCGGCGCGGACGAGUCCGAGGCCCGCGAGCGCUUCCGCGAGGCCAAGAGCCCGGACGCUCACGCCAACUACGCGGUCUACCUCUGCGCCAAGGUCUGCGGGCUGAUCGCCGACCGCACGCGGUUCGUCGAGCUCGGCGACGCCAACGGCUGCAGCAGCCAGGUCUUCACGCGCAGCUGGCAGGCGCUGUGGAACGACCUGCAGGUCUGGCUGGACGACCGCCCUCCGGAGAUGCUGCCGGCGUCCGAGAUGGAGACCCGGCCGUUCCCGCAGAUCCUGUUUGCGCACUGGGCUGCCAUCUCAUCGACGCAGCUCUACCAUACCGCCUGCGUCCUGCUUCUCAAUAUGAUGCCCAGGUCGGUCCAGGCGCCUGCCGGCAUCGCCGGGUCGGCGACUUGGCACGCGAGGCGGAUCUGCGGCAUCUCCCUGACCAACCCGCACGAAGGCUGCCUCAACAACGCCAUCCAGCCUCUGUGGGUGGCCGGGCGCCUGCUUAGCCAUAGGUCAGAACACGCCACCAUCGCCAAGCUGAUCCGAAAUAUCGAGGCCAAGACUGGAUGGGGUUCGGCUUGGCGCAUAGCUGACCUCGAGGCUGUCUGGGGUUACAAAGUGCAUCGAACAUGA